UAAGAAAUAACAGAAAAGCAUUCCGACUGACGACGAUUAACAUUUUCCAACAAUUCAGUGGUGUGAUGGCCGUCGUAUUUUUUUUCCCUAGAAUAUUUGAAUUAGCCGGCUCAAAAAUAGAAGGAAAUCUUGGAAUGAUAAUUAUUGGAUGUUUUCAAUUAAUGGGAAGCACCGUGACCCCUAUUUUUAUUGAAAAGAUAGGGAGAAAGGUCAUCUUGAUGAUCUCCUGUGCAAUUUGUUGUUUGUCUAUGUUCACGCUGGGAUUAUAUUUUUAUUUGUUGGAAAUUGAAAAUCCAGGGAUACAAAAUGUAUCUUGGUUGCCAGUUGUAGUUCUUACAAUUUUCUUCCUUGGAUUUGAUUCAGGUCUAGCAAUCAUACCGAGUGUCUUGAUGGGUGAGAUGUUUACGCCAAAUGUUAGGAGCUGUGGUUCAACAUUAACGAUCACAGUGAGCGGGUUAAUUGGUUUCCUGGUUACGACAGUUUUUGGAACGAUAAUUAACGACGUUGGUCCAUUCAUUCCAUUUUGGGUCUUUUCCUGUACUACUGGUCUUGCUUUCUUAUUCACCAUAUUUUUCAUUCCCGAAACUAAGGGUAAAAGUUUGUUAGAAAUACAAAUGGAUUUGGACAAAAUAUAGCAACACAUAUGCCACGGCCAUAAAACAUAAUGUUUGGUUAUUCCUGCUGUUAUUUCACUAAGAGUUUAAUUCUAUGUGAACAGUAACAUAAAUGUUAUUAUAUCUUUCUUAAAAUUUAAUUUGUAAUAUAUGUUGAUCGAACACUAAGGAUAUAAUUACGAAAACAACGCAUAGUGAACCUUAAAGAGGUUGUAUAAAUUUUCUUCCAAUGUACAAAAAUACCCGUAAAAUUAUUUUUAAAUGUAAACUGUCAGACAACAAGUUACAGAAACAUAAUAUAGGAAGAUAAUUUUACAUUUUACUAUAGAGAGAAAAGAAUAGAAAUAUAGAAGUCGGUAACAAGAAUCUUAAAUUGCUUCUUAUAUAUAAUAUUCUUAAUUAUAAGUUUCCACCGACCUCUAGGCAUUCAACAGUAUGAUUUCUCCUCUUUUGUUUUGGGAUGCCCAAAUGCAUCGUAAGGUUUUAUAUUUAUUUAGUAUUACAUUUUUCUGAACACCUUAUUGUACUGGCUUAUAUCGAGCAACAUUGAGUUAAAUACGUAAAAUUCUUUAGAUUAAUUUUUGAGUUUUUGUUUGACUUAUGCAUUACCUUAAAGAUAUCAAUCAUUACAUUUACGACAAGGAUAUGGCUAGUAGGAUAUUAUUGAAUGCAAUAAUUAAUUUAUAUUUUAGUUAAAUUUAUUUCAUUAAACUUAUACCUAUGUUUGGUACAUUCCCUAUUUUUCAAAAUAUUUUCUUUAUCAAAUUCUUAUGUAUAUCAUUUACAUGCAUUUAAGUAUUUGUGUAAAAUUUACCAAUACAUUUAGCUCUUUAUAAUCUCAUCACUUUAUAUUUCUUUCUUGUGUUCUGAUACGUUUAAAAGUUUUUAUAAAAUUACUUCUAAACAAAAGCAACCUUUCACGAAAGUGCACGACUGCAUUUCUAUCCAACGUAUGAAAACUGGUAUAUAAAACAUUCUACCUCCAUCAGGUUUUGUGUUAAACAUCAACCUCAAUGAUCGCGUUAUAGAAUAUUAAGUUUUUAUAAAUUAAAUGACUGUUACAUACUUCGUCAUAGAAUUGCAAUGAAUUAAAAUGAAUUGUAUUCUGGUCCUAUGGUAUGAUUGAUAAUUAUUGAUAUUCCAAACGAUAUUAAAAUAUAUAUAUACAUAUAUUUUAUAUGAAAGUAAAAUAAUUGACCGAUAAUGUUCAGUUUUAUUAUUAUAAUACAAAAAAUGUCUCACUUAGAGUUCGUAUAUUAAACAACAAUUCUUUCUCAAUAUUUCUAGUUCAAUUUUUUUUAAUAUCCUUAAGUUUAAGAGCAUAAAUGAUAAGUAUUUAUUGCAUUAACAUAAUAUUUUAACGAAUUUAUUAUUUUUGAUUUUUUUCGACUUCAAUUUUUUUAAUUUUCAUUCGCGAUAGAUUUAUAAUAUUAUCGCAAUAAAAAUAUUACAAUAGUGGUGUAAAAACGACGUUUCAAAAAGCACUUUUUAGUACUUUAUCACUGUCUAUUGUAAAUUUAUUUCUACAAAUAAACUACUACAUUUAAUUUAUAUGAGACGUAUAUUGUGUUAACUGUCUUAUUUAAAGGUUUGCCAACUUAUAAACUGUACAUAUUGUAUGUAUUGUAUCAAGAGCCUAUACAAUAAAAUUGUUGUUUUGGUUUUAAUACUAUCUGUUGCGUAUGCAUUUAUCUAUGUUUGCGGGCUGCGUCCCGCGUGCUGUCUUUCUUUUAAUAAAGCAAUUAAUGUGCAA